UCUGUAGAUGCCGUCAUGAUUGCCCUGCUGACUGCAGUCCUCGCCUGUCUCCUGCACACGUCAGGAGCAAACCGCCCACCAUCCAUCGACUGUCCGCUGUCGUUUUCUACGUUGGUCAAGCCAGGUGAAAGGAAUGCCCAAGUCACCUGGGUCCUACCGACCGCCACUGACCCCGAAGAUGGAGUCCUCACGCCAACCUUGAACAAGUUCUCGCCGAGACGUGGCAGCCGGGUGACCCUUGGUACCCACAUCGUCAAGUACACGGUGACCGACAAGCAGAAGAGGAGGGACUUCUGUACAUUCACCAUCACAGUCGAGAGUGCGCAGUGCCAAAGUAUUGGUGACAUCCGGCACGGGCGGACCACUUGCAGCCAGGGAGCACGGUUCGGGGACAAGUGCCACGUGGUGUGCGACUCCGGCUACGAGGUGCUGACGGACAACUCCUUCACGUGUAAGAGUGAUGGUACAUACGACAGGCCGGCGCCCGACUGUGAAGAGCUGGGUUUCUACACCUUAUUGUGCCGGAACAUCACGUCAUCGACGGCAUCAAACUUCAUACAAUCAGCUAGCAUGAAUUUGAAACUUCUUUUCGAACAGCUACAAUCGCGAGGGUACAUCCCCUCAUAUAGGCCCAUGCACCAUGCAAAGAGAAUGUGUAAAAGUUCGGAAAAAUCUGAUCAUGGGGUUUGUGUGUUCUUGCGUCGCUUAAGGUUGUUUGAAGAACUGAAAAAAGACAUAAAAUUGCUGCCGGUCACAACAUCUCCGAAGGGUACGGAUGCCGACAUCAAUGUAAUCCAGUACACCUAUCGUCGUCUUAUGAUACUGCAUCCACAGUUUCAACAGUUCUGUGACAUCACCAACUUCCGUAACGAUCUCUAUAAGUAUCUCCCAGAUGUUAAGAGAAUACAGGAUACCAAAUACCAACGCUCAGUGGAGCGAAUCUUCUCAGGAAGUCUGAAACUUGGUGUUCUGCAGUCAGAGAUUAACACAGUUUGUGGUCCGGAUAACGAGGGACCCAACUGUCUCUUGAGGGACGUUUUACAAUUAAUAGAACGUGCAAAGAGGUUUAAUUUACAUCGAGAUAGGAUAGGGCGAUGGAAAGAUGAAGACGUUCAUAAUUAUUUCAACGCUCUGACAUUCAGUUCAAUCCUACUCAAGUGGAAGUACCAUGAUCGAGUCAAAGCCAUCCAACCUCACAACACCACAGAUCAACAAGCAGUCGUCACUAAAAUCAUCAGAGCAAUAGCAAUGUACAUUGAUGAGGGCGCAGACGAGAAGUUGGAGAUUCUCAUGUCGAUGUUUCCUUACUUCAACACGGAUAAGAUAUGUAACAGUGGGAAGAUGUGUUUGUUCUGGAGGGUAGUCGACCAGACCAGAAUUUACGUAAAGUCACGUAAACAGGGGACAGGUAAUGGCGUCAAAGUGCGUUUGUUGAACACUGACCUUGACCUUCGAGAGUUCCUGAGACAGAAACAAAUGGAGAGGGUUCUCCAGCUGCUAAGCGACCAGGAGUAUAACCUAGUGACAGUUGCAGACGACUUAAAGAGUGAAUUCAGCAAAGUCAUCAACCAGCGAUUUUAUGAGCUCAAAACAUAUUUUAAAAAAGAUUCAUAGUUUUAGCGCUGCCAAAGCUAAGGCCGACAUGAUAGUUUUUCAUCAGUUAAACAACCUCACAGAAUCAGUACGAAAACUAGCACCUGAUAUAGACACAGACGUUGCUAUAAUACUCGGUUUCGUGAUGACCUCUGCUGCUCUAGAAGUGACUGAGAAAUCUAUCAAUUUCGGCGUAGUUCUCGCUGAAAGUUGCAAUCCAUUGAAGGCAGCGACCGAUUCUUCAGUAUCUGAUAUCAUGGAUGCGACGGCAGAGUUGGUGAACGCCAUAGCAACGGUAGGUAAAGCAAUCAGGCUGGUUGUUGCCAUAAAAGCCCUCAGGGACCACAUCAGCUACGUCAGAAAGGGUUUUGCUAAAAAUAAAGAUUUUAUUAACGACAUGAAAAGCAUAAUGGAAACAGUAACUCAAAACAAGACGGGAGACGACUUUGAGGCUGCUAAGGACAGGUUUCUGGAAAAGUAUAAUGACUACGUGCCUGCAGUGACUAAGCCUGACAUCACUGAAAUGGCCGUUUACUUUACAAAGGUUGUUCAAGAAGCAUGUAGUGUUAUUGAUGGGACCUCUACUUCUUUAGCCGCAGCUCCAAAGGCAUUCAUUGGUUCAAGCGGCCUAUGCAUUACAACCGAAGUGAAAAUACAAAAGUUAGUAUCGAUGCUUGAGAGUAUCUAUGACAAACAGUAUGAAAUGGUCGAAGUAUUAGCCCAAAACGUUCAGUCUCAAGUGGCCAUGAAAGCAGCUGACGGCAUUGUUGCUGACUUCGACGCCUUAGCGGGAAGUAAUGGCCAAGAUGAAGACGUCUUAGAGAGUCUCCGCCAGGUGGCGGGUAUGUCGUACGUGUGUUACAGAAUCAUGGUUCUUCAGGUGAUACGGAUGUAUUGUGAUGAGCUGCAGUACAAGGCAGGGGGGUGUUCGGCCCCAUGUGUGUAAAGACGCAGGAACGGACAUUUCAACUCUAUUGUCAUACAAAGUACCAUCAUGUUCGUCAAGAGGACUUGAGUUCCAGACAGUUUCUGGAAGGAAAACAAGUCGUUGGGACACUGCAUUCAUGGAUAUUUCAAAACUGUAUUCAGGUAAAGAGAUUAGCUUUAAAAUACCAAACAGCAGGUGGUUGUAUAGAGCAGGGUGGAUUACCAAGGCUGAUCUGAAAGCUGUGAUCUAUGUGUCUGGUUUUGAAGUCUACUUGCCGUCUGAGGUCCCUUACCGUCGAGACAUCCGGGUCACUGUGAAGGUGGAAGGGGAGAACGAGCUGGUUCCCGGGGACACGAGGUAUAACAUCAACCCAUCGCGACCAAUGGUGUUUGAGUACAAGGUUGGGAAUGGACUGAACUGUCGACAGCACCGAGGCUAUGACAACCCCUAUACCACCUGCCCCAAUAACAGGAUCCCCGACGUGUGUCCCAAAACAGAAUACUCCUGUUUUCUGGAUGGAGGAGAUAGGGUCCUGCAUCCAUCAAUAUUCUCUAGGUUCAGUGUACGUGUGAAUGGGUACGAGGAUCUCCCAGUACCGAGACCGUCCACGCCGGUACCAGUCAAGGUAGCUGUGCGCACCUGCGUGUUUAUUCCGUCAAGGACUGAUCAGCAGUUCAUCGAUAAGUUCAGAUACCAGGGACGGAACAGAUUGACAAGCACCUGUUGUCCAGAAGAACAGUUCUGGUCCGGGCGACAUAUGGCUUGUCGCAAAUGCCCGACGAACUCUACGGUGACACUCCGCGGAUAUUAUUGUGAGAAGCAAGACGAUUAGAAAACGGGUCCAACCAGCAUCUUACGAGAUGGUCCCUGAUAACGACAUGGUCAGUGGGCGAGUAAGAUGGGGUUUGACAUUGUGCGGUGUACUGCACACAGCAACGUCUGUGAAUGUGUGCGAGACUGUACUUAUUCCGAUGAAUGCUGGCUUAGCCUACUGAGAUGUCACGCCGCAGCUUAACAUGGAUACCCCCCUCAGGUUACACCGAUUCCGGGUCGAGUUUAUCUCCCUAAUACGAGGAAGGGUAGCAACAAGUGCCAUCUGUUAACGUGGUUUUGGUGUGACUCUGCUAGGGGAUCCAACCACCGGUCCUCCUCUCCACACACACUGCAUCCUUUAGAUGGUCAAAUGGUUGAGGAAGUGAAUCUUAAACGGGGCUUAAGUGCUACUGCGACAAGGCGGCAUCCAUAAACAAACACAAUUUGUCAACAUGUAGAUCUAAAUUUGUAAUAAACUGAGAAUGGUGCACGAAAAA